UUCUUGUGAGAUGAAAACUCUCUGGCGGCCUCGGUGGGUGGAGGGAAAUAAAAAAAAAUGUUCAAGAUGGCGGAAAAUUUAAAAGAGUGUACUGUUUGCUGCAAGUCAACUUGGUCCAAUCUCCAGGAUCUUUGUCGAUUGGAGAAGGUGUGUUGCCCUUCCUUGGGCAUUACUAAAAAAAACCUCAGUGAUUUUGAAGUAGAAUAUCUAUGUGAUUAUAAGAAAAUCCGGGAUGAGGAAUUCUACCUGGUGAAGUGGCGGGGCUAUUCUGAUUCAGAGAAUACCUGGGAGCCCCGAAAGAAUUUGCGAUGUAUCAGUAUACUCAAGCAAUUCCACAGGGACAUAGAACAGGCAAUGAUCCGGCGUGGUAGCAAACUCAAAAAGAAUAUGCGCUUACUUGAUCAAGGAAUUUCCAAUUAUUUGGUUCAGAAGGCCAAACAGAGGCGAGCUUUGCAGCAGUGGGAAUAUGAGCUUAAUGCCAAGCGCAACCACAAGGGACGAAUUGUGGUAGAAAAUGAGGUGGACUUGGAUGGGCCUCCCCGGGACUUUGUCUACAUCAAUGAAUAUAAAGUUGGGGAUGGUAUCACUCUCAACCAGGUGGCUGUAGGCUGUGAAUGUUCGGACUGUCUGUCAGAAGCAGCAGGAGGAUGCUGUCCUGGUGCUUCACACCAUAAAUUUGCCUAUAAUGAGUUGGGCCAAGUAAAGAUCAAGGCUGGCAUGCCCAUCUAUGAGUGCAAUUCUCGCUGCAACUGUGGUAUUGAUUGCUCAAACCGUGUAGUACAGAGGGGCAUUCGUUAUGACCUUUGCAUUUUCCGGACAGAUAAUGGACGUGGUUGGGGUGUACGUACAUUGGAGAAGAUUCGCAAGCACAGCUUUGUCAUGGAAUAUGUUGGAGAGAUUAUCACAUCAGAGGAAGCUGAAAGACGGGGUCAGAUCUAUGACCGAGAGGGUGCCACUUAUCUGUUUGACCUGGACUACGUAGAAGAUGUAUACACAGUAGAUGCUGCCUAUUAUGGCAACAUUUCACAUUUUGUUAAUCACAGUUGCAACCCCAAUCUACAGGUGUAUAAUGUUUUUAUUGAAAAUUUGGAUGAACGACUGCCACGCAUUGCUUUCUUUGCUACUCGAGCUAUCAGAGUUGGAGAAGAGCUCACCUUUGACUAUAAUAUGCAAGUGGAUCCAGUAAAUGCAGAAAGCACAAGGAUGGACUCUAAUUUUGGCCUUGUGGGAAGUCUGGCUGGCUCACCGAAGAAGCGGAUGCGAAUUGAGUGUAAAUGUGGCACAGAAUCUUGUCGAAAAUACCUUUUCUAGUUCUUUGCUAGUUUUUCUUGGAAGAUGCCUGUAAAGCCUGGAUUAGAAGUUCAAGCUGGCUGUUGAAAGAUUGCAGACUGAGGCUAAGAGUCAGGAACUUACCUGCUUGAAGAACAAAUGAUAAACGUUUAGAACUGCGAGGGCAGUAAUCCACAUUUCUUGUGCUAUAUAACACUGACUUGGCUGCUUCUGAUUGCCUGAUCAGAGUAUUCUUAUGGAAACAUGGGUGUGGGGCAGUCUCUUCAGUAGGUGGACAGGUUGCUUGACUUUAUCUUGCUGCUGGAAAAACUACAGCAUAGAACAGAACUCCUUUAAUAAAUCUGUGCUUAUUUUAUCUCAACUACAGCUUACUGUUUAAAGCCUUAAAUGAAAGACAAGGAACAAGCUAAUUUUUUAGGUUUUUGCCGAAGGACAAAAGAAGCACUUCCUAGCCACCUUACUAGUAGGUGGGAAAUCAAAGCCGUUUUCUUCUCCCUGUGCACAGAUUUUGCAUUACCUCAGUGUGCCAUAUGACUGUUGUCCAUCUUUACAUAAUUGCUACUUGAAGUCGCACUUAAAACCCAUCAUGGAGUAAAGCUCUAUGCAAUCUGAAAAGCAACAAUGUCAUAUUUUUUAAUUAAUGCAUUUGUUUUUAAAGAAAAUGUUUUAAUUUUUUUAAUGGGUUGGGGCAAAAACUAGUUUCUGGAAAUAGCUGUAUUUUGGAAUAUGUUAUGAAGUUCUUGAAUUAUGACUGCUGAACUGAA